AUGAAAAAACCUUUUUUUAUUUCAUACAAGCCUUACCAUUGCACUUUUUUUUUGAAUUUACAUUAUGCUUUUCAACAAUCAAUUCGUUCUUAUACAUCUGCAUCUGAAUUUAAACCGAGUACGUUUUUUAGAACAACUUCACCUAUUCUUUUAGAGAAUCAAGAAUUAAACAAUACUCGUCAUGUUCUUGAGAAAGCUUUAAAGUCACAUAAAAAAAACGAAUUGCUCAUUAAAUGCACAGAAUUUGAUGCAACUGGCUGCGUAAAGGUUGUAUCAGGUGAAUUUAAAAAAACAGAUCUUUGUCUUAAGCAUGGAUUGUUGCCUCGUGAUCUGAGAAAGAUCGAUACAGGUAUUCAAUCACUUAUACCAUCUAUUUUAGUACGCAAAAACUCUAUUCUUAUUAAUUUGUUACAUAUUCGAGCACUUCUUAAAGCAGAUGCUGUACUAUUAUUUAACGCAUAUGGGAGCACGGAUACACAUACGCAGAGCGUAUUUAUGUAUGAUUUAGAAGGUAAACUUCGUCAAGGAAAUAAAGCAGCAGGUGGAUUACCGUAUGAAUUUAGAGCACUAGAAGCGAUUCUUAUUAGUGUUUCUACAGCAUUGGAUGAAGAAAUGAAAUUUUUGAAUUCUUUGGUAAAAGAUGUGUUAUUAAGACUUGAAGAAGAUGUCCAUCAUCAGCAUAUUAGAAAUUUACUUACAUAUUCAAAAAAAGUAACAGCUUUUGAACAAAAGGUAACCUUAAUACGAAAUGCACUAAAUGAGAUUUUGGAUCAAGAUGAGGAUUUAGCGGCUAUGUAUCUUACAGAAAAACAUCAAGGAAAAAUACGUCCGCUUGAUCAACAUGAUGAAAUAGAACUACUUCUUGAAUCAUAUUUGAAACAGACAGAUGAAAUUGUUCAAUCUGUAAAUAAUUUAGUUUCUAAUAUUAAAAAUACUGAAGAAAUCGUAAAUAUUAUUCUUGAUACAAACCGAAAUACAUUGAUGCAGAUGGAGUUAAAGAUAUCCAUAUUAACACUUGCUACUAGUUCGGGUGCUAUUAUUACUGGAUUAUUAGGUAUGAAUUUAAAAAAUUUCAUGGAACAUUGGCCAUACGCAUUUGCUAUAAUAUCUUCUCUUGCUCUUGCUAUAGCUACAAUCGUUGGAACUCUUGGUUUAAAAAAAAUUAAAAAAAUUCAAAGACUUUCUUUAUGGGGAAAAGAACAAAAGUUUAUUAAAUAUAGACGAUAG